AUGCCAAAGGGUGUCAUCUAUCUUACUCCUGAACAAGAAGCACGUCGCGAUCAACUCGGUUUGGAAGCUGGUUUGAAGGGUGCCGCCAUUGGUUUGGGCAUCGGUGCCUUGGGUUUCAUUAUGGUCACUCGCCGAUCAGCCGAGUUCCGAGCCUUGAGUCGUCCCAUGCAAGCCAUUAUGCCUACUGCAGCAACGGUGUCUGGUUAUCUCUUUGCAUCGGAUAGAGCUACCAGUGCAUAUGAAAAUGCAAACCUUGGCUACACUGACGAGGACCUCCUUAUGCAACUUCACGAUGGCGAAGAACAAGCAAAGAAGACUGGUUUCCUCGCUUAUCUCAAUGAGAACCGAUGGAGCGUUAUUGGUCUUUCAUGGGCAGCUUCCAUGGUGGGUGCCUUGGGUUACAGCUUCUCGAACCGCUACUUGACUACGCAACAAAAGGUGGUGCAAGCCCGUAUGUACGCUCAAGCAGUGACUUUGGCCGUGUUGAUGGCAUCCGCUGGUCUUUCAAUCUACAUGGGUGAAGAUAAAAAGCCAAAGGAUUUGCCUGAUGCUCAAUUGCGAGCUGUGCUCGAAUUGCCUGUCGAGGAAAACAAGCGUGUCACCAACACUACCAGCACCAAGCAACCCAUGAACUAG